UCAGUAUCUCUGUAAAACCUCUCAAUUGCAUGGUAAAAAGCCAUGUUGAUAAAGUGAUUUUUUUUUAAAUCAGUGCACACUUUUGGUUAGGCCAUGUGUUAAGAUGUCAACUGAGAAAAGAGGGCAAACUCCUCAUACAUUCAAAAGGACAUUUCUGAAAGCGGUGUUGAUAUUUUACUUUAUGAGAUUUUGCUUGAGUUAUGAUGAAGAAUUUUGUGAAGAAUCUCGCUCUACGGUGAAGAAAGUACCAUCAUGUCCCGUCAAUAAAACAAUGUGGGAUGCAGAGGCUUUGAAGAAAAACUGUUCUUCUGUCUCACAUAAUUGCUCUCAUAACCUCCUGUACCACUGUUUAAUAAAUCCAUGGCAGAACAGUACUAUCGAAGUCUGUGCACCUCGAACAGUUAUAGGCUAUGGCUAUUGUGCUGAGUACAAUUAUGAAGGAGGAAGAGUGCAGGACUCCUUUGACGCAAAACCUUGCUUGUCUUGUUACAACGAUUACUGGUCUACAGAUGCCUAUAAAUAUGCCGAAUGCUAUGUUGUUAAUCGUCCUCACACCGAUGCUGCUGUAAGAUACACAACACUGAGUAACGUGAAAGUUAUAAGUGGAGCAGCACAGGAGGCGUCCUGUCCGGGGAUUUGGGUCGGCUUUUAUCUCUUCCUUAAUCAGAAAAUAGUUCAAGCACUUUUAUGGAAUCAAUAUUAGAUCACGGCGUGGACUUUUUGAAUAAGCGUGAAAAGUUAAAAAAAAUGUAUCAGAUCUAAAUUUAUUGGAAAAAUUAUGUGCUAUCAAAUUAUUAAACAAGGGAUAAUCCGAAGUCAAUGCGUUAGCUUUCAUAUACAUAAUAUCAGUUAUAAUCAGUUAAAUGAAAAUAGUCCUUUACGAAUCCAUCAUUCAACGUAGCCAAACAACGAUGCACAAAGUAAACUCUUUCAAAUGGUUGAUGUAAAUAUAUUCGAUUGUAUGGUAUAAAAGCACAUCUAUUAUGAUCA